CCCCGCUGUGACUGUUGCUGCUUCGGCCGUUCAUGUCUUGGAGGGGAGGAGUUAGCAGAGCCAGAGAGGGGUCAUAACAAAAUGUGUGUCCCCGACUGACUAAAGCAACAUUAUUUCCGCCCUUGUCCGGUGCCGUCCCGAGUUUAGGUCUGUGAGGAGCUUUUAAAUGGACUCUAAAACGAGUCGAAGCUGGUUGUUGUUGUGACUGACAGCCGCUGGGUCUCCUCUCCGCCGGUCGCUCCUCACUGUCUGACCCGAAACAGAGGAUGGAUGGAAACUUUUCACCGGCUGCUAUCUUCUCAGUAGUCCUGCUCACCGUCGUGUUGUCAUCCUCAACAGCUUUCCUGGAGCCUUGCGACCUUUUGUAUGACAAAGCGGUGCAGGCAUUCUCCAAUGGAGACUAUACAAAUGUGGUACGCUACAUGGAGGGAGCGCUCAGCAGCUACACACAAGUCCGGCACACUAAAGUCCAAUGCCGGGUGAGGUGCCGGGACCAGCAUCCUUUAGAUGAAACUUUCUCGGACCUGCGCUUCACCGACGUGCUGCUCCGGAGAGCGGCGUGUAUGAACACAUGCAUCGAGGAGAAACUUGGCACUCAGUCUGUUCAUAAAAUCAGCGAGGAUGUAGUGCAGGACUUCCACAGGAGGAUCCCUUAUAACUAUCUUCAACUGGCUUAUCAGAAGUUGAAGCAGCCUGAAAAGGCAGCGGCUGCGGCUCACACUUAUUUCCAAGCCAACCCAGAACAUGUGGAGAUGGGCCAGAACCUGGAGCAGUACAAAGAUCUGCAGGGCGUUAAGGAGGACCACUUUGUAGACCGAGAAGCUCGACCUCAUCAGCGCUCCUUCGCGGCAGCAGUGAGGUUGUAUGAUAAAGGCAACUACAAAGGAGCCAUCGCUCUCUUUGAAGAGGCUUUGGUGGAGUACUAUAAAGCAGAUUUAGAGUGCCGGGCUCUGUGUCAAUGGCCGCAGAAGUUUGAGGGCUACGACUACCUCCGCUACCGUUACAGCCUCCAUGAACUUGUAUCAGAUCACUUUACUCAGGUGCUGCACUGUGAACACGAGUGUGUUCGAGACCUCGCCACCCGGCCAGGCCGCCUCUCACCCAUGGAGAACUACCUUCCUCUGCACUACGACUACCUUCAGUUUGCAUACUUCCACAUGGACAGGCUGGACAAGGCGCUACAGUGUGCUCUAACCUACCUGUUAUUCCACAAGGGAGAGGAGUCCAUGUUAGACAACGUGGAUUACUACAGAGAGGUGCUGGCACAUGAUGGCGAGCCAAGAGAGGAAGCUGCAUGGUACCUGAGGAGGCACAAACAGGAACUGGAGCUCCUUCUGAUUGGCAGCAAAACCAUGGGUGUGGAAUUUACAGAAGGGAAUUACUGGAGCAGCACAGGUCGAAGAGAGGACUCAAACAGGAUUCCUUCUGGUACAGACGGCUUUAUGGAGUAUGUUCCCAUUUCAGAGAAGAACGUCGCUUUCGCUGCUCCACAGCGUCUCAAAGAAGGUGGCCCCUUGGUGUAUGACAGCGUGCAGCUGGUACAGAACUCUGCAGCCUUGAACGGGACCCAGCGGGUGCUGCUGGAUCACGUCAUAUCUGAGGAGGAGUGUUUAGACCUUAGACACCUGGCACAUGCCGUCACCAUGGCAGGAGACGGUUACAGAGGGAGAAUGUCUCCACACACUCCCAAUGAGAAGUUUGAAGGAGCCACUGUACUUAAAACCCUGCAGUUUGGCUAUGAGGGCAGAGUUCCUAUGAGGAGUGCUCGUCUGUUCUACGACAUCAGCGAGCGAGCAAGACGGGUUAUCGAGUCUUACUUCCUGCUCAACUCCACCCUGCACUUCUCUUACACACACUUGGUGUGCCGGACAGCCAUCACAGGACAGCAAGAUCACAGGAAUGACCUGAGCCAUCCCAUCCAUGCUGACAACUGUCUGCUGGACCCCGAGGCCAAUGAGUGCUGGAAGGAACCACCAGCAUAUACAUACAGAGACUACAGUGCACUGUUAUAUCUAAAUGGAGAUUUUGAAGGAGGGGAGUUCAUAUUCACAGAAAUGGAUGCCAAAACAGUCACGGCAUCAGUGAAGCCCAUGUGUGGCAGGAUGGUGGGUUUCUCAUCAGGAGGGGAGAAUCCCCACGGUGUGAAGGCCGUCACCAGCGGGCAGAGGUGUGCUGUUGCUCUGUGGUUCACUCUAGACCCGCUCUUCAGAGAACUGGAGAGGCUGCAGGCGGAUGAGGUGAUCCAGGCGUUGGACACACAGUCUGUGUGGGGUCCAGGCCUCAACAUCAACCCUAAAGAUGAACUGUAGAAGCAGAAAAACAGAGUCACCCAAUCCCCUGCUAUCAAAUUCUUCUAUAUGUGUUAACUAUUUAUUGAACUGACCUUUGGAUAAGAACUUUUCUAUUUUUGUACUGUUUGAAGUGCAAGAUUAAUAAUGUUGUCAUUGUUGUGUUGUCAGUUGUAUUUUGGAAUGUUUCGCUACACACAAGUACUUGAGUUUACCUUUUGUUCUUUUUCUUUCCCUCCAGUGACAGUUUCUAUUAGAGAAAAAAAAAAACUAUUUGCUUUGUUUUUUUGUACAUGGUGAGUUAGCUGUUUUACGCUAGACUGAUUUUAUCUGUAAUCUCACUGAACUGUGAAGAAGCUAAAGAGAAGAACGGCAGUUGACUCUUUCUUUUUUGCUUUGAGUUGUUCUUGUUCUGGACAACAUAUCCAAUGGUUUUUGUUCAGAUGUACAGAUAUUAAAAAAUACCUUCAUUUUAGUGGUCAGUAGUUCAAAAUAAUUCACAACUGGUACUGUUACAUAUACAUUAUAUCAUACAAUAAUACAAAUAUAUAUACUGUAUUUUUUUUUCCAGUGCCAGUAAUCAUUUUUUCAAUGUAGCCUGUGCACUGCUUUUCUAAUUUUGGUACCUGAUUUUCAAAAGCACUCCUCCAAAGAGUUUAAGAAAAAGAUGUGUUCUAACAUGCUGAAUAUUUAAUGAUCAUGCACUCUGUCCUUCUCUGUGUGUCAAGUUUGAAGCUGAAAAUGUCUUCUGUCUACUUCUCUGUCCACUUUUUCUCUUAUUAUUGGCGUGAUAAAUCACUCCGCUCCUUUCUGGGCACACAGCAGAAUAUACUGGUUUUACAUGCUCACUGGCAUAACAACAUGGUGUUUAUCUUUUACUGUUAUUUAUAUAUUUUUAUGAAUAGACAGCUGUCGUAACUGUUGGCAUUUCAUAUGAGGAACUUUUUUUGAUAAAAGAUGUCAAUCAUUCCUGUUUCAAGGAAUACAUAUUUGUAUCAAUCUUUAUGUCUUUAUAUUUGUGUUGAUGAUACAGAUGAUAGGCCGAGUCGUGCACUGUAAAUCCAAUGGAGAGAAAGGUAAAAAGAGUAGCUUUUUUGCUACGUAAAUUCAAACUGCUAACCAAAAUCUUAAUCCUGUCGUUUAAUAAGGUUGGCCACUUUUGUUUCACUGAUAUUUAAUUCUGAAAUGCUGUAGCACACAAAAACGUAUGUGUACAUGCCUAUAAAUUUAAAAUAUAAAACUCCA